CAUGUCUCAGGUGCCCCUCAUAUCCGUCUGCCCAAGAUCUUGCUUGGGUUUCUCUGGACUUCGCUGACUCUACACUGUCUGUAUCCGAGAUCUCAAGAUUGAAACUUCGUCGUCUAAGACUUCGGAUUUAUUGCAACUCAGAACACUCAAUCAAGGGACCAACAUGGCGGACGACGCAGCGGCGGACAAGACGCCAGGGUUCAAGGUGGGGGAGAAGAAGACAUUGGACGAAUAUCACAGUCUGGAUCAGGAAGACGAUGCUUUGAAUAGAUGGAAGGCUUCUCUUGGUCUAGCUGCUGGUAACUCGGUCUCGGAUCCCAAUGAUCCUCGGCUGUGUAUCAUCAAGUCUCUUGCUCUGGAAGUCGAGGGUCGACCUGACAUCACGAUCGAUCUUUCUCAGCCAGGAGCUUUGGAUUCAUUGAAAGGCAAGCCCUUUACCAUCAAGGAAGGGUGCAAGUAUCAAAUGAAGGCCGUUUUCGUCGUUCAGCAUCAGGUUCUCUCUGGUCUGAAGUAUGUUCAAACUCUGAAGCGCAAGGGUAUCCCUCUCGGCAAAGACCAGGAAAUGAUUGGCAGCUAUGCACCAAAUACCAAAGACAAGCCGACAUACACCAAGAAAUUCGCACCUGAGGAAGCGCCUUCCGGCAUGAUGGCUCGGGGUCACUACGAUGCGAUUUCGCGGUUUGUCGAUGACGACGAUGUCACCCAUCUGAAGUUUGAAUGGUCGUUUGACAUUGCCAAGAACUGGUGAUUGACGAUAGCCCACCAUGGGAGUUAUGAGGAGUUUCCAGACCAGACCAGUUGCCUGGUGCACUGAAUCUCGAGAGCAUGAUGAUGAGAUCCAAGGCUGGGGUAUUCGCGUUGUAGCUGGUCGGUCCAACACGUGACCAGCACUUGAGCGCGAGGAGACAACAUUGUCUCUGUAGUGAGUUCUUAUUCUCCUAGUUCAGAAUAGAAACAUGGGAAGGUGUAGAAUCACAUGUCUAGAGGAAAUACUCGAUAUGAGAACCUUGGCCGUCUUUGCCCUGA